AUGGCAGACCAGGCGGCCGACACUGCUCCCGCAGCAGCCCCAGCUGAAGAGGCAACCGUAGCUACCGAAUCUGCUCCCGAUGCUGCCGCUCCUGCUACUGAAUCUACUCAUGAAUCUGCUCCAGCUGAUGCCCCCGUAGCCGAAGAUGCUCAUACUGCUGAAGCACCCGCAUCCGAACCCCAUGCUGAGACUGCCGCCGCUGAAUCUGCUCCAUCUGAAGAAGCACCAGCUCCAGCACCAGAGGCCCAUGCUGACGCUCCUGCUGCUGAACCAGCUGCCGAACACGCUGACGCUCCUGCUCCUGCUGAACACAGUGCUGAACCCGCUGCCGCUGAGCCGGAGAGUCACAAGGAAGAAGUUUCUGCUGAAGCAUCAGCACCGGAAGCUGCCCCAGAAGCUGCUGCCAAAGAGGAUGCCGCCCCUGCACCUGAACACCACGACGAAGCGCAAGCAGAAGCUGCUCCAACAGCUGAAGCCCCCACUGUCGAACCAGAAUGCCACAAAGAGGAAGCAAAAAUAUCCUGUGCUGCCCCUGAUGAAGCCGCACCAGCUGCUGAAGCACCAGCGUCAGAUGCUGCUCCAGAAGCUGCCAAGGAAGAAGCCGCUCCAGCAGCUGAACCUCAUGUCGAAGCUGCUCCAGCACCAGCAGCCGAAGCCCAACAAGAAGCUCCCUCCGAAUCACACGCUGAGCCUCAAGCCGUGGCUGCCCCAGAAUCACACGCUGAACCAGCGUCAGAACCUGAAGCUCAUGCCGAAUCUGCUCCAGCUGAAGAGUCUGCUCCAGCACCAGCAGCCGAAGCCCCACAAGAAGCUCCCGCUGAAUCACACGCCGAACCUCAAACCGAAGCCGCCCCAGAAUCCCACGUGGAAGCUGCCCCAGCUGAAGAAUCUGCUCCAGCACCAGCAGCCGAAGCUCCACAAGAAGCUCCCGCCGAAUCACACGCCGAACCUCAAGCCGAAGCCGCCCCAGAAUCCCACGUGGAAGCUGCCCCAGCUGAAGAAUCUGCUCCAGCACCAGCAGCCGAAGCUCCCACAAGAAGCUCCCGCUGA